CGCUGCAAACUAUUGUUAUUUUGCUGGUAGUAAACAUCUCUGCAGCCUCAGAUUGAUUGCAAUGUUCCUUCUACUUCAUUUCGUCAUUCGGAUAGGUAUCAAAGAUUUUGCACUGACUGAAGGCGGUACAGUCACUCCUUUGUGCCCAAAAGGAUAUUUCCCCUGCGGGAAUCUGACCAAGUGCCUGCCCCGCGCUUUCCACUGCGACGGCGUGAACGACUGCGGGAACGGGGCUGAUGAGGGCAACUGCGGAGAUACGAGUGGAUGGGCAACUAUAUUUGGCACAGUCCAUGGAAAUGCUAAUAAUGUGACAUUAACACAGGAGUGCUUUCUAGAACAGUUUCCACAGCGUUGUGACUGCAAAGAAACUGAGCUGGAAUGCGUGGAUGCUGGCUUAAAGUUCGUGCCCGUGAUUUCCAGCAAUGCCACCUUGCUGUCUCUUAAGAAAAACAACAUUCACAGUCUUCCAGAUAAAGUUUUCAUCAAAUACACAGAACUUAAAAAGAUAUUCCUUCAGCAUAACUGUAUUAGACACAUAUCCAGGAAAGCAUUUUUUGGAUUACAUAAUCUGCAAAUAUUAUAUCUCAGCCACAACUGCAUUACAGCUCUCAGACCUGGAGUAUUCAAAGACUUGCAUCAGCUAACUUGGCUAAUUCUAGACGACAAUCCAAUCACCAGAAUUUCACAGCGGUUGUUUACGGGAUUGAAGUCCUUAUUUUUCCUGUCUAUGGUUAAUAACCACUUAGAAGCUCUUCCCAAGGAGGUGUGCACCCAAAUGCCUCACCUCAACUGGAUGGAUUUGGAAGGCAAUGGAAUAAAAUACCUUACAAAUUCCACCUUUCUGUCAUGCAGUUCACUCACUGUGCUGUUUCUGCCUAGAAAUCAAAUUGAUUUUGUUCCAGAGACGACAUUUGCCUCAUUAAAAAAUUUAGGAGAACUGGACCUGUCUAGCAAUAUGAUAAUGGAGCUACCACUGCACAUUUUUGAAAACCUGAGGCUUCUACAAAAAUUGAAUCUGUCAUCCAAUCCUCUUUUAUAUCUCCAUAAGAACCAGUUUGAAAACCUUGAACAACUCCAGUCUCUAGACCUGGAAAGGAUAGAGAUUCCAAAUAUAAAUACACAAAUGUUUCAGCCCAUGAAGAAUCUUUCUCACAUUUAUUUUAAAAACUUUCGAUACUGCUCCUAUGCUCCCCAUGUCCGAAUAUGUAUGCCCUUGACUGAUGGCAUUUCUUCAUUUGAGGACCUCUUGGCCAACAAUAUCCUCAGAAUAUUUGUCUGGGUUAUAGCUUGCAUAACCUGCCUCGGAAAUCUUUUUGUCAUUGGCAUGAGAUCUAUCAUUAAAGCCGAAAAUACGACUCACGCUAUGUCCAUCAAAAUCCUUUGCUGUGCGGACUGCCUGAUGGGCGUCUAUCUGUUCUUCAUUGGCUUUUCCGAUCUGAAAUACCGCGGGCAGUAUCAGAAGUACGCGCUGCUGUGGAUGGAGAGCUUGCAGUGCCGCCUCAUGGGGUUCCUGGCCGUGCUGUCCACCGAAGUCUCCGUGCUCUUGCUCACCUACUUGACUCUGGAGAAGUUCCUGGCCGUUGUCUUUCCCUUCAGUAACCUUCGUCCUGGAAAACGACAGACCUCGGUCAUCCUCUUGGGCAUCUGGAUCGUGGGGUUUUUAAUAGCGGUGAUUCCCUUUUGGAAUGAGGAUUAUUUUGGAAACUUUUAUGGAAAAAAUGGAGUCUGUUUCCCCCUUUAUUAUGACCAAACAGAAGACGUCGGAAGCAAAGGAUAUUCUCUGGGCAUUUUCCUAGGUGUGAACUUGCUGGCUUUUCUCAUCAUCGUCUUUUCCUAUACUAUCAUGUUCUGUUCCAUUCAAAAAACUGCCUUGCAAACUUCGGAAGUGAAGAAUCACAUUGGAAGAGAGGUGGCCGUUGCAAAUCGCUUCUUUUUUAUAGUGUUCUCUGAUGCCAUCUGCUGGAUUCCGGUAUUUGUCAUUAAAGUUCUUUCCCUCUUCCGGGUGGAAAUACCAGGCCCAGUCACUUCCUGGGUGGUGGUUUUCUUCCUGCCGGUCAGCAGUGCCUUGAACCCCAUCCUCUACACACUCACAACCAGCUUCUUCCAGGACAAGUUUAAACAGCUGCUGCACAAACACCGAAGGGAAUCGGUUUUCAAAACUAAAAACAAGAGUGUAUCCACGUCCAUUGUGUGGACAGAUGAUUCCUCUUCACUUAAACUUGGGGUUCUGAACAAAAUAGCCCUUGGCGAUAGUAUGGGGAAACCAAUUUCCUACUAA